AUGGAGCUGAACGCGAGCUCUCACCUGAGCUGGGGCUCAGGCAUCAGGAGAGCCCGGCUCAGCAACCUCAGCCACAACAGCACCGCGGGAGGGAGCUUGCAGCAGGAGCAAACCUACCGAGACUUCACCACCUCGGUCCAAAUCCUCAUCUUCAUCGGCUCCGUCCUGGGGAACCUGGUGGUGUUAUGGUCAACGUGCCGCACGUCAGUCUUCAAGGCCGUCACAAACCGUUUCAUCAAAAACCUGGCCUGCGCUGGAAUCUGUGCAAGUGUCUUUUGUGUGCCUUUCGACAUCAUCCUGAGUGCCAGUCCACACUGCUGCUGGUGGAUCUACACCCUGCUCUUCUGUAAAAUUAUCAAAUUCUUGCACAAGGUCUUCUGUUCUGUCACUGUUCUCAGCUUUACUGUCAUUGCACUGGACAGGUAUUACUCUGUCUUGUAUCCUUUAGAAAGGAAGAUCUCGGAUACAAAAUCCCGGGACUUGGUGAUCUACAUCUGGAUUCAUGCAGUUUUAGCAAGUGUUCCAGUUUUCGCGAUGACCAAUGUCUCAGACAUCUAUGCCAUGUCCACGUGCAGUAGUUCAUGGAGCUACUCUUUCGGGCACCUAGCUUAUGUAGUUGUCUACAACAUCACCACAGUGAUUCUGCCCAUUGCCGUGGUAUUCCUGUUCAUGAUUCUGAUCCGUAGAGCCCUCAGCACCAGCCAGAAGAAGAAAGUAAUCAUUGCUGCAUUACGAACUCCACAGAACACAAUUUCUAUUCCAUAUGUUUCCCAGCGGGAGGCUGAACUGCAUGUCAUGCUCCUCUCUAUGGUGCUCAUCUUCAUUCUUUGUAGUGUCCCUUACAUGGUUUUCGUGAUUUAUCGAACCAUUCUUAACAUCACUGACAUCUCUGUCUUUUUAAUGCUGACGGCAGUCUGGUUGCCUAAGGUUUCCCUGCUCACUAACCCAUUGCUCUUUCUGACUGUUAAUAAGUCUGUUCGGAAAUGCUUAGUGGGGACCGUGGUUCAGCUCCAUCGCAGGUACAGUAGACGCAACGUCGUAAGCUCUGGUGGCCUCACUGAUGCCACUCUUGAGCCUGGGGUCCGCUCAGGUAGCCAGUUGCUUGAAAUGUUUCACAUCGGGCAGCAGCAGAUUUUCAAACCCUCCGAAGAGGAGGACGACGAGAACGAGAUCAAGUCGCUCGCGUCUACUGAUUGCCGGCAGAAAGAAAUAGCCACCACCAGCUUGGAAGUGGAGCAGACUUUAGUGGAAAGGUUUGGCACCCACGCUAACAACGACUCUGCCGCAGUGGUGGGAGCGGCAGCAGCGCCUCCAGAUUCGGAUGCAACCUCCGACAAGUACGCAAUGCAGUUUGGCUUUGGCCCGUUCGAACUGCCUCCACAGUGGCUUUCCGAGACACGGAACAGCAAGAAAAGGCUGCUGCCUCCAUUGGGCAACACACCAGAAGAACUCAUUCAAACGACGGAAAAGCAACCAAAGUUCAGAACAGAGUGGAAGAUAAGUCGAAAUAAUAAAGUCAGCAUCUUUCCUAAGGUGGACUCUUAGUCCUUCGAACUAGCCCAACUAUAGUGGACAGUAUUUUGGACACAUGGAUUUCUAUAGCACAGAGUAUCGUAGCACUGCCUAUUUUGUGUUGUGUGUCGAACUAUUUAUUUAAAAAAUGGAGAACAAACUUCACAGCAAAUGCUUCUUUAAAUAGAAAACAACAUUCCCGUAAGUUCUGAUGAGAAGGAUUUGUAUCCAGGGUUGUCUUUCACCUUCAACUGAAGAACUUUAUUCACCAUAUCUUCAGAAUUGUGCACACAGUUCAUAUUUUGAUGUGGAAAAAAAAUGAGCGGGUGGUACUUUGGUUUAUGCUGUUAAAUCUUAAAAGUGAAUGACCUACUGACUGUUUGAAAAUCAUUUAUUUUCUUAUACAAUUUAUAUAGGAUUGCUUAAACAUUUCUUUUUUAAACUGGUGUUCGGCCUUGUUUAUUGUGACAGUGAGGGGGCAAACGGCAACUCUAGGAGACCAGUUAAUUUGCCUGUGAAACUUAUUUCGAUGUCUGCCCUCUCCCUUUCCUGCUAACCUUCAGAAUGUCAUCUUAAAUUUACCUACGUUUGCACUGAAGACCCCAUUUAUAAUCGUUUAACACAGAUUUCAAAAGCUCAUGUGACGUCAGUACUUGUGAUUCUUCCAACAGUUUAUCACCAUUCAAUUCGUUACAUCAGUUUGCAUGGCUGGCAGCUAUUAACC